AUCCUCUUCACUACUGCAUUUGCCUAUAAAUAAUACCCAUUCUGAGCUCUGGAUUCUUUGUACUGUGUUUGCUUUUUUCUACUACUACAAUUCUUGAAGAGCUUGUUGAGCUAACAUCUGUGCAAUAUCUUCUUCUCAGAUCUCUUAGCAUCAAUCCGGCCUCCAGAAAUUUGUGACAAUGGCAGAUGAAUCAAAGUAUAAGUUGGUUGGAAAGUGUGAACCCAACCAAGGAUAUAACCUUUCACUGCAGAAGUUGAAUCUUGAUUUCGUGUGUGAAGUGUGUGGAGAGCUCCUCACUUUGCUUCUGACUUGGGGAGGAUCUCAAGAAGCUGAAAACCAAUCAAAUUGCCACUGUCAAACAUUAAAAAUCAGUGCAAAUAGAUCCCCCCGCAACAACCAUGAUGACACCGUGGCUAUUGUCUCGGUUCUUGGAAAAUUUAAGAUAAAACAGAACAAGUUAACUGGGAAAGAUGCUGAGUGGCUAGCUGUGUCUUCGACUGAUGGUAAAAGGUUCACAUUCAAUUUAGAUGAGAAGCUGAAAGUAGACCGUGCUAUGAAGGUAAUGGAGGAGAUCAACAUCGAGCCAAUGGAUUCAACUGGUAUGCAGCUGAAAAGGAAACAUGCUGAGAUCCAGCCCACUGAUGCUGAAGAUGAUGAUGAGCCAAGAUCUGCAUCACCGGUUAUGUACUCCAAAAAGUCUAAGUAUAGGAAGUUGGAUGACUAUGAUACAUCUAAUUAUAACCACAGCGAGGCAGAUGAGUAUGAGAGUGACCAGGAAGGAUAUGACAUGGAUGACAACUGUACAUACGAUCCUCGGGAUGAUUUUGUUAAACCAAAUGCUUAGCAUGGAGGAGGUGGCAGCAAGGAAAGGAAGAAGGAACUAAUCGUAUAGGAGAAGGAGGCAAUUAAUAUUGGUGUGUACGUAGAUUUGGAAGCAUGCAACUCGUGUCUAGAUUAUCUAUAUAGUAUGUUUAUAGUACUUUUAUAAUUUGUAGUGCAAAUAUUAUGUCACAUGAAGUUAUGUCUAGAUAUUCACCGUAUCUAUGUUUGGCCUAGCUACUUUUAUACUAAAGGUGAUAUAUAUUAAGUCACUAGAAGUCGUGUAUUUAUCAUAUACUAGAAACAAUUCCAAG